GUUCACAUUGUCAUCCCCUUCUCACGCAAAAACAAAGUAUAGAAUAUUACCUGUUCCUUCUCCUUUCACCACAACAAUCAUCCUCCCUCCAACAAAUAAGGCUGAUCGCCAAUCAUGACUUCAGAUAGCGAAAAACAUUCACCCGCUCAUAGUGAUGACGAUCAAGCAUUUCAAGAUGCUGCUGAUGGUAGCGGGAAUGAACAAGAAGUGAAUAAGCACGUAUCAACUUCAUCACAAUCUACUCUAGGUGAAAAGAAAGCAGAAGAUGAAGCUGAAUCACAAUCAACAGUUGACUCAAAAACUUCAAGAAUAGCAUCGAGCGUCAAAUCGCUCAUGUCAAGAUUCGAAGGAGGAGGCAAUCAAAAGCCCGAAAGUGUUGAUAUUCCAAAAGGCAAAGCAACAAAGAGUACCAGCUCAAGUAUUGACGAAAAUGAGGGUUAUCAAACUCUAAACCAAAACGAAGACACAGCAGACGGAUCAACGGAAGAUUCAAUAGCAUACACGCACGAUUCAAAUGAGGAUAGUAAAGGACACGCAGAUCACACUGGUGAGUCCACUAUCUCUACAGAAAACUUCUCAAAAGAUAGUGGUCAUGCAACCUCGGAAGGAUCUGAUUCUACGCAAAUGGCACCUUCUGAAGGAGCACCCUCACUUCUAGAUCCAACCGAAACGAUUUCCAAUCCAUUCUCAAUACCAUUGACGCCUGAUGGAAGGGACGAUAGUGUAGAGAACGCUCCUGCAACACCUAGAGCGGCUUUGAAGAGAUUCUCAGCUUCGACGAUAGAGGAAGAAUCCACUGGCGGUACCGUUGAUGUGCCUGAACACAAUAUUUCAUAUGUCAAUCCCAAUCGAUUUUCCUCUGUUUCGCUCAGUACCACCCAGCCAUAUUCAUCAAAGCGGAAUACAAUCAAUCUUGGUCAAACUGAAAUCCCAAUCACUCCUGGUGAGCAGGCGACAGGAAGCUCGGAAUUCUUGGCAAGAAAUACGGCGAGAUUGAGCGUACACGAAGGUCAACGAAACAGUAUGAACAAUACAGAAAAGUUGAAGGAGAAGCUGAAUGAAUUACGAAAUGCACAUGAGCGUGAACAUAGCGCUGGAAGAACACAAAAUGGACAUGAUCACGCAAGAGAGGUACAACAAGAUGGCCUACAAGAAGAACCUCUUUUCGAAUACGAGAAUGAAGAUGCGAAAGAUUAUAAUACCAAUAUCGAAGGGCCUGUGGACUAUGAGACUUCGGAAGAGGGUAUAGAUUGGGACUUUUGGGGUGAUGUGAUGAGCAAUUACCAAGAUAUUGCACGUACCCAACCUCGCAAAUUGAGUAAAGCCAUUCAAGCUGGCAUACCAGCAGCCUUGCGCGGAAUGAUGUGGCAAUUGAUGAGUAGCAGCAAAGAUGAAGAGAUGGAAAUCAUUUAUGCUUAUUACCUCAAGCAGACAAGUCCACAUGAAAAGAUGAUCCGAAAGGAUCUGGCUCGUACGUUCCCUGGGCAAGUCUAUUUCCAGGACGGCAAAGGAAUUGGUCAAGAGAAUUUGUUCAAUGUGGUCAAAGCGUAUUCCCUCUAUGACGAAGAGUGCGGUUAUUGUCAAGGAAUGCAAUUCGUCGUCGGUCCACUGUUGCUAAAUAUGCCAGAUGAAGAAGCUUUUUCAACCUUGGUCCGAUUGAUGAAGAGUUAUGAUUUGAGAGGACAUUUCGUGCCCAACAUGCCUUCCCUGCAACUUCGUUUGUUCCAGUUUGAGCGUUUAUUGGAAGAGUGUCUCCCUCUGUUGCACAGACAUCUGGUCAGACAAGGCGUUAAGAGCUCAAUGUACGCCAGUGGAUGGAUUAUGACUUUGUUCACCUAUCGAUCACCUUUGCCAAUUUGCUUCCGUAUCCUAGACUCUGUAUUUGCGGAAGGAAUCGAAGCGAUCUUCCGAUUUGCACUCGCGCUUAUGAAAAAGAACGAGGAUCAACUCUUACAGAUGUCAUUUGAUGAAGCUGUGCCACUCCUAGCCGCCCGAAUCUUUGACAUUUACAGAAAGGAUCCUUUGCAAGAUACGGAAGAGGACGGAACACAUACGCCUGAUGCCAAUGCCAGUCCAGAUGGCAACGGAGAGCCUCAUUCGAGCACAGAGUCAAGUCAGGACGAGUACAAGGUAGGAGAAUUCGUACGGGACGCAUUCCAAUUCAAGAUUACGCCUUUCAUGUUGGAUUCGUAUGCAUCUGAUUUUGCAGAACAAGUUCGCGCAGCAACAGCUCAUAGACGUGAAAUUGAAACACUCAAAGUUGAAAAUCGAUCAUUACAAAUUCGUGUAAAAAGUUUAGAAGAUCAAUUAGGAGCCGUUCAACAAGAACACGUUGAUUUGGUAAAAAAUGUUGUCAUGUCUAAACUUGCAAAAGAAGAAAUGGCGGAAGAAUUGAUGCGUUAUAAAAUGAUGUACGCUGAAGCGGCUUUGUUGGUAGAUCAAACGAACGCAACUUCUCAUUCACAGCCAAUCUCGCCAUCUCCAUCUCUUACCGCAUCGAUACGUCAAUCGCAAGGAUGAAAUCGGAUUUGUUGCGCCGGGGUAAUACUCUUUUUUUCAAUCUUACAUCACCCCUAUCAUUUUCACGAGAUAUCUUCUUUUUGCAUACACUUUUUUUUCACCGUGAAAUAGGAACACAUCAUACUAUUUGUAGCAUUAUCAUCAUACCUUAAUAGCACAUCAUCAACAUU